AUGGCUGACACCUCGAGCUCUCUUGUCUGGGGUGACUGCCGCGAUGGCUACGACCUCGACGUCGCGCCCGGCGCCACCAUCCAGUGCGCCCGCCUCUCCGUGCAGCUCGACUGGUCCCGACCCAACGGCACCACCAACUCCCUCGCCAUGGCCCGGCUUCCCGCUCGUGACCCUGCGCGCAAACUCGGCAGCCUCGUCUUCAACCCUGGCGUCCCCGGCAGCCGCGCCAUGAGCUGGAUGAAAAUGGCCUUGGCCCUGAUCCGCGCGGCAUCGGUGCCAGCACACCCAUCCUCUGCGACUGUAGCAUCUACAACGAGCGCGUCGCUCUUCCCACAAGACGCCGCCACCGUCGCCACCCUGCUCAGCAAGUCCCGGCGCGGGUACUCGUACGGCUCCGAGCUGGGCGCGCGCUACGCGGAGCUCUUCCCGCGGCGCGUUGGCCGCGUCGUCCUCGACGGCGUGGUCGACCACCCCAGCCCGAGGCCGCGGCGCUCGUCAGCAUGUCCGUCACCUACGACGCGGACCUGCGGCGCUUCUUUGCAUUGUGCGGCAGCAACGACACGUGCGCGCUGCCCGGGCGGGACGUGCAGCGGAUUUAUGAAGAGCUGGCGGCGAGAGCGGACGAGCAUAAGCUCCUUGCGAAGGGCUGCGACGACGGGGACGUGCUUCGCCAACGUCACGGGCGAGGAUUUUCGGAACAGCGUCCAGAACAUGCUCGUCUUCAUGGACGCGCAGCCGUCCGUCGCCGCGCACCUCCCUUCGUGGACGAAGCUCGGCCAGGCUCUUCGGCGGGCGAUGGACGCCGGGGACGCGACGGCAUUUGCCAAGGGCCGCAUCCGGGAGGGGCUCUCGGCCGCGGAAGCGUCGAGCCACAACUCGACCGACGUCGACGCGCUGCAGCACAAGCAGCGUAUGCUCGAGGCGGUCGCGCCGCUGUCGCGCGGCGGAGGCGAGAUGUGGGUGUGGUCGAGCAUGUGCCUGGGCUGGCCGGGCCGGAUCCCCAAUCUGCCGCGUGCGACGAGCGUGGGAAGAGACGAAGUAGCCCCGAUAUUGCUGGUGGAUUCAAUGUACGACCCGGAGUGCUCGCUGGAGUUGGCGGCCGGGGUGCAGGCGCAGCCGCCGCGGUCGGUGCUGGUGACGAGGCUUGGGGACGGGCAUACGAGGUACAUGAAUGGUGGUGAUACGAGUAAAGCCAUCGAUGUGUUCUUGGUGGAUGGCAUCAUGCCGGAGGACGGGGCGACGUAUCAGCCGUGA